CCGUCGACCAAUCGGCGCCGCCGGGUCGCUCCGUCUGACCAAUCAGCGGGAGGUUGUGGGGGGGGGUCGCCCCGCUCGCUUCCGUCUCCUGCACACGGCGGGCGCCGCUCGGCCCGGAGCGCUGCGGGAUGUCCUACAAACCCAUCGCGCCCGCACCCAGCGCCAGCCCCGCCCCGGGGCCCGCAGCCACGGCCGCCGCUCCCAGCGUCCCUUCGCCGUCCGCCUUCCGCCCGCUCUUCAACGACUUCGGGCCGCCGUCCAUGGGCUACGUGCAGACCAUGAAGCCGCCCGGCGCUCCGGGCUCGCAGAGCACCUACAGCGACCUGCUGUCUGUCAUCGAGGAGAUGGGCAGGGAGAUCCGGCCCACCUACGCCGGCAGCAAGAGCGCCAUGGAGCGGCUCAAGCGGGGGAUCAUCCACGCUCGGGCGCUGGUUCGGGAGUGCUUGGCCGAGACAGAGCGCAACGCCCGCACGUGACAGCAGCCCCCCGACCCCCCCCCCCCCCCCGAGCCCCGCCGGUGGCUCCCCCCGAACGGGGCCACCCCCGGGGCUCCCCCCGCCCCAACCUUCCGGCUUUUAUAAAUAAAGGACGUGCUGCAUCCCCCCCCUUAUAAAGGAAAUCCUCCUUCCAAGCCCCCAAUUCCCCAUA